CUUGCCUUUGCAAUCGUGCAACACUAUUUGUGCCCUCUUUCGCAUCUUCAUUUGUUCUGCGUUGACGACCAAAGACAAGAGCAAAGUGUGUCGUAAGAAAUACGAAAGAAAAUUGGCCCGUUGACGUUGGCUGCGACUUAUCGAUAAGACAGACCACUUUCACAUGCCAUUCACCCACUCGACCUGAACCACGCCGUUUUCAGCACAGGGCACGCACAAGCUCGCCCAGACAGUGCAUCAUCGCGCAAGAGGGGAGCGCUUGCAUAUAAUAAGGCGUUGGGACGAAAACCCUUUCCCAACGUUACUCUUACUCCUGACACCAGUUGCUCGCCAUCCAUCCCCACUUACACCACAUUCGCAAACACAUAACACUGCAUAUUCCUCUCUUUUAUGGCACCACACGCUGAAGACGACACGAACUCUCAAUCAAACGGCGAUAUGAGCAACCACGAAACUACCUUGACUAAUGGCGAGACGCCGAGCUCGAGGGUUCUAUCGCAUCUGCAAUCUUAUCCUGUAGUCCACGACUCCGUCGAAGGAUUCAAGUCCCAUCCCUAUGGCUCCAAGACCCUUGCCCUCGCCACCAACACGUACAACAGCGUCGUCGCACCGUUCCACCCAUACCUCAGGACACCCUACUCGUACGUUGCUCCCUACAUCGAGCAUGCAGACAAGCUAGGCGACAGCACGCUCUCAAAGAUUGAAACACACCUGCCGAUUGUCAAGGAGGAUACACCCAAGCUCAAGGAGUACGCGUUGUCACCUUACACAUACGUCAAGGGAACAUGGGCAGAUGAGUACAAGAAGACGCAGAGGCAAGAUGGUCUGGUAAAGCAGGGUAUCGUGCUUGUAAGCACCGAGCUGAAGAUUGUGCAAGAUGCUUGCACUGUCUUCCUGAGCUACUGGAACAAGGGCAAGGAGCAGACAAGCAAGAAGGUCGAAGAGGUUAAGCAGUAGGGUGCGAUGUUUCUUUAGCUGGAGGCACCCAAGGUCCUCAUUAUGGUCGUCGGGUAGGGCUGGGGAGUGUGUGGAACAUUGACGCCUAUAAGGCUGGCGGUCGAGUAGCGCAUCGUGGGUGAAGGAGUUCAAAAGCUUGUUGGGCUUGUUGAGGUGGCUGUUUCCUUUGGCACAUUUAGAUACCUUUUAUUCCUCGUGCAUGGUUGUACGUUCCUAGUCGCUUUCAUUCGUACAAGC